AUACCAGCUCUCGCCCGCCUCUCACUCUUCUCCCCCCCCCCCGCUACCUUGGCAACGGGGGGAAGGGGGAAAGAGACGUGAGGAUAGGCUAAGAUGGCGGACGACUUGGAUGAGCUGCUAGAUGAGGUAGAGAACAAGUUCUGUCGCCUCUCAAGACGGGACUGUUCACAGCGGGACCGAGGCCAGGGACGGAAAAGGAACCGCUUCCGUGAGGAGGAGGAAGAGGCUGAAGCUGAGGCAGUCGCGGCGGGGGAGAGGGCCAGGUUUUCCAAAGCAUUGACAAAAUGUGCUAGUGAAGAAGAGGACAUUGAUGAAAUAAUUAAAGAUAUCAUUGAUGAAAACAGCUAUGCAAAAAAUCUUGUGAAACAAAUAUCUAAGUCGCCCAGUCCUGCAUCUGAAAAUAAUACUACCUCCUUUCAAGCUCAGGGUAAAAGAUGUUGCCCAGUAUACCUUGGUGGAAGCACUGCACCAUAUGGUAUAGGAACAAAUAUUUCACAGAGAACCUGCGAUCAGUUACGGUGUACUGCAUGUGACUUCCAUGUUUUGCAUUACAAUGACUAUCGGUGGGAUAAAUCGUGUGAUUACCUCUUUUUCAGGAAUAACAUGCCUGAAUUCAGCAAGUUGAGAACGAAGAUGCUAACGAAGAAAGGAUCAAGGGCCUAUGCUUGUCAGUGCACUUGGAGAUCUGUAGAUGAAUUAACAGACCUCACAAUGGAUCGGCAGCUCCGUUGGGUUUGUAGCAAACACAUUGAAUGAAGUUGUCUUGAUCAGUUUCUGUAUGAAGACCAUCUGUUCAUUGUUUGGCAUCAUGAGUAAUGAAUUGAGUGUGUUCCAUGUACAACUAGAUCUUGAUAUCCCUAGUAUAAACUGUGCACUUUGUCUUGUUUGCACUUCCCUUGUGAACUAGCAGAAUUGGGGACUGCAGGAGCAUAAUCAGCUGGAGACAUUCUGCUGCCUACUGGACCAGGCUGGCCAAGUUUUUUUAGUUGGCGUUAGGGAUGUUUCAGUGACAAAAGUCUUUGGAGUUGAUAGCUUCCUCCAUUAAUACCAGUGAGGGAGUGGGAAAUUCUGUGUCCUAGAAUGUAUGCCACAAAUCUAGAAAAGAAAGGUAAAUGAAGUAAAAUCUGGCUAAGCUAAUACUUUGGUUAAAGUGCUUUUUGAAUAUGAGGGUGGGAAUAAUGCAGCCUCUAGCCUUUUUGCUCUGCAGAUAUGAGUGAGUCUACCUUCACAUUAAUAUUGUUUUGGAGUUGUGGGGUGCUGAAGCUUGCAUGCUGAGCAAGAACAAAUCACAGUACCAGUCCAGCAAUGGGAAGCAAGAUGACAUUUCAGCUCCAACAUUCUAAAAAGCAUGUAUCUAGUUCCAGGGCAGCUCCUUAGGCUGCAGUCUUCAUGCGCUUUGUCCUGGAAAUAAGCCCCACUGGAUGCAGCGGUACUUGCUUCUAAAUUAGCAUCCCUAGGAUUGAGCUGCACAUGGUUUAUGCCCUGCCAUUCUGUCUUCCCCAUUAAGCCUGCAAUCCUAUGCACACUCCCCUGGAAGUAAGUCCCAUUGAAUUCAGAAGGACUUACCCUCUGAGUAGAAUGCAUCGAACUGAGCUGCACGAAGCUGUUCAUGUAAAGGAACCAAAACAUUUUUUUAAAUCAGUUUUGAAAUUUUGAAUCAGUUGAAUUUCUUUGCUGGGGAUAAAGAUAUGCAUCAUAUAAAGUGGAGGGUUCCAUUUUUGCCAACACUGUCCAAGUUUAAAGCUAACCAAUUGUUGGAUGUCUAAUUCAGUUGUCUUUCAAGAAUGUCAACACAUUCCCACUUUCGAUUUUAUAUCAGAAUCUUUAUAUCAGAAUACCAAAUAUAACCAAAGUGGUACAGAACCUCUGCAUCCCCAUUUCCAUCUUUAAAAAAGAAUUGAACGAAUGUGUGAUAGCCAGUGUUAGUCAUUCUCAGAAGGUAGACCCAUUGAAAUAGACUUACAUAACUGAAGUCCAGUUAUUUCAAUGGGUUUACUCUAUGACUUAGCUGGCUAUCCCCCAGUGACUAUAUCAUGACAGUUGUUGACUUGUAUAAUUUAGCUGAACCUGAACGUAAUUUUUGUUUGUGUUGUUUUCUCAACUACAUAUGUAGCACUACCUCUGUAAUCUAUUUUGGUAGGUUUUUUUCUAUAGCACUGAACGUUUAAAAGUACAUUGUAGCUUAAGCUAUUGUAGCAAGCCAGUAGCGAACGGCAUGUGUGAAGCAAUAGCACAUUUGGAAAACAGUUGUUGCUUGUUUAGGUCAUCUCAAAAUACAUCACAUGCAAGAAACUUCAGUUGCUUUUUAUAUCAGAGAAUCUGUUUGGAAUCAGAGUAUGAAAUAGUUUUGAUACGCUUUCUUUUAAACAAAAGUAUGGAAUCUAAAAGUACACGAGGCAGAAAUACUUCCCUCUAGUUUUUCUGUAAUGCUGCAGUCAUUAAAAGCUGUAUUCGUGGUG